CCGCUGACCGGUCCAUUUCCUAGCGAGCAAGCAAACCUAGCCACAUCAAUGGGGACGGCCAGCGGCGACACUCUCUGGUCUAAAACUCAAGUCUUGGAGGGGAAGGCAGUAGAGCGGUAUAAAUAGGAUAAGAGAGAACGAGAGAAAAAGAGAACAACAACGGAAUCAGAAAUCAAAAGAGGGAAAAAAUAAAUAAUAAUUAAAAAAUAAAUCAGAGAGGAGAGCGAUGCAUCUUUACAACGCUUGGCUUCCGCCUCAAGUAGCAGAAGAUUCGAAGCAAGAGUCGGAAUCUUUCGCAUCAAUCGUCAGAUCCGUUAAAGAUUCCUGGAGGCCUGAUGAUCCCGAUUCCGUCUACUCCACUCUCAAGUGGAUCUCCGUCAUUGAUCUUUUCAUAAAAGCAAAAAGUGAAGUUUCUUCAGAAGAUGUUCAGCAGCUCGUAGAAGUUGGUUUGGAGGUGUUCCAUGCAGCUCAGAACAAACUCUAUGCUCAGGUUAGAUGGGGAGGUAUAUUAGUCAAACUUCUGAAGAAGCAUGGCAAGAGAUUGUCGCUCACGAUUCAGUGGAGACCGCUAUAUGACAGUUUGAUGCGCACGCACUUUAAAAGAAAUACUGGUCCGGAAGGAUGGAGAUUAAGACAACGACAUUUUGAGACCGUGACAUCCCUCAUCCAGUCGUGCCGAAAGUUCUUCCCAGCGGGUUCUGCUUGUGAAAUAUGGACAGAGUUCAAAAAAUUGAUGGAAAAUCCAUGGCAUAACUCAUCCUUUGAUGGCUCUGGGUUUGUUAGAUUGUUUCUUCCUAUGAACUCUGAAAAUAGAAAUUUCUUUACCAGUGACUGGAUAUCGAAAUGCCUUAAUCUAUGGGUCUCUAUCCCAAAUUGUCAAUUUUGGGAUAUUCAGUGGGCUUCUACUAUAGCACGUUCUAUAAAAAACUGCAAGGCAAUUGAUUGGGAACAAUUUCUGCCGGCGCUUUUCACCAGAUACUUAAACAUGUUUGAGGUUCCUGUUUCAAAUACGCAUGGAUCAUAUCCUUUCCCAUUGGAGGUCCCGAGAAAUACGAGAUUUUUGUUUUCCAGCAAAAUGGGCACGCCUGGCAAGGCCAUUGCAAAGUCAAUUGUGUAUCUUUUAAAACCUGGUAGUGCGGCACAGGAGUACUUUGAGAGACUGGCAAAUUUACUGGAACAAUAUUACCAUCCUUCUAAUGGAGGUCGUUGGACUACCUCACUGGAGCGUUUCUUGCGGCACUUGGUUAUUUGUUUCCAAUACCGUCUUCGUCAUGAACAGACUAACUCAAAUAGUAACAGCCAAGCUGAAUUGUGUUUGGGAAAGUUAGAAAGAGUUUCUUUUGUCAAAGUGGUCCUGAAACUAAUAGACCGUGGUCAGUAUAGCAAAAAUGAAUCUCUUGCUGAAACAGUUUCUGUUGCAACUUCACUACUGUCAUAUGUGGAGCCCUCUCUCGUUCUUCCAUUUGUUGCAUCUCGAUUCCAACUGGCCUUGGAGACCAUGACAGCUACCCACCAGCUGAAAACUGCAGUCACAUCAGUGGCUUAUGCUGGUCGUGCCCUACUUCUUUCUUCUGUUACCACUGCCCAACAAACUGAUGACCUUGAGACUUCUGAUGCUUUCAUGGAUCUUUUGGCAAUAUCUUUAUCCAAUGCAUUGCUUGGUAUGGAUGCUAAUGAUCCUCCAAAGACCUUGGCGACCAUGCAGCUAAUUGGCUCGAUAUUUUCAAAUUUAGCAAUUGUGGGUGGUAACAAUGAUGGCCCCACUUUCUUCCAGAACCUGAGUUUUUCUGAAUGGUUGGAUGAGUUCUUCUGUCGCUUGUUUUCUUUACUUCAACACUUGGAGUCAAGUAGCGUAACGCAUGAGGGUCUGGAAACUUCACUCACAUCGGGAACUUUUCUGGUUGAGGACAGUCCUUACUAUUUCUCUAUGCUAGAAGUCCUUCUUGGAAAACUGUCCAAACCUUUGUUUAAUCAGUCAUUGAAGAAAAUUUCCAAAUUUGUCAACACAAAUAUUCUUCCUGGGGCUACUGCAGAGGUGGGGCUUCUUUGCUGUGCUUGUGUCCUUUCUAAUCCCCAAGAGGCAGUUGUCCACCUUGUCAAACCAAUUUUAAUGGCCGUAACAUCUUCAUUAGAAGGGACAUCAGUUUCAGGAUUUGUUGGACUAGAAGUUUCAAGUGUAUCAUAUUCAACAAAGGCUACAAUUUCUCCAGCUCUAGAAACAGCAGUUGAGUAUCAUCUAAAAGUACUGGCUGUUGCAAUUAGUUACGCGGGUCCUGCUCUGCUUCAUUACAAAGAUGAACUGAGAAAAGCAAUUGCAUAUGCAUUUCAGGCUCCUUCUUGGAAGAUCAAUGGAGCUGGCGACCAUGUUCUUCGAUCUCUUCUUGGGAGUCUUAUCCUCUAUUACCCGAUUGAACAGUACAAGACCUUCUCAUGUCAUCCGACAACUACUGUAUUAGAAGAUUGGUGUUGCUCAAAGAAUUACGAGAAGAUAAAGAACGAAACCUUCAAUGCCCUCCCUAAGUGGCAUAUUCCUAGACAGGACGAAAUUUCAUUUGCAAAUGAACUACUAGACCUUCAUUUUCAAUCUGCUUUGGAUGAGUUGCUCAAUAUAUGCCAGACGAAAAUGUAUACUGAUGCAGGAAAUGAGAAGGAGCACUUGAAAGUGACUCUGCUGCGUAUCUACUCAUCACUGCAAGGUGUCAUGUCAUGUUUGCCUGAUAUGCACCCCUCCUGUAAAAAUGGCGAGGCCAAAGAUUUGUGUAACAAACACUUUUUAAUUGCGGGAGCAGUUGGUUCAUCCAUCGGCAGUUCUGAAAUGAGGGAAAAAGCUGCUCAGCAUGUACAUCAAGCCUGCAGAUAUCUAUUGAAAGAACGAUCAGAUGACAGCAUACUUCUGAUACUCCUCAUACGUGUCAUGGAUUCUUUAGGAAGUUAUGGAAGCUUGGAAUACGAAGAAUGGUCAAAUCACGUUCAGGCCUGGAAGCUGGAAUCUGCUGCCCUAAUUGAGCCUCCAUGCAAUUUUAUUGUUUCCUCACAUGCUCAAGGAAAGAGAAGACCUAGAUGGGCACUCAUUGACAAGGCAUACAUGCAUAAUAUAUGGAGAGCGUCACAAUCAUCAUACCAUAAAUUCCGUACAGAUAACAAUCUAUCUCCGUCAGAGCACUUGAUUCCUCUAGUGGAGGACCUUUUAGAUCUCUCUGUGCACAACUAUGAAACAGUACGCUCGCUUGCAGGAAGAUCUCUUUCAAGGAUCCUCAAACGCUGGCCACCACUAACUGCUAAGUGCGUGCUCACCCUUACUGAAAAUCUGCGUGAUCCAAAGACACCAGAACAUGUGGUGCUAGGAUCUUGCACAAUUCUUGCAACACAGACUGUUCUUAGGCAUUUGACGAUGGACGCAGCCUCUUUCACUUCAUUUAUAAUGGGUCUUCUAUCCAGCUCUCACCAUGAAUCAUUGAAAGUUCAGAAAGCUAUCACUGAGCUUUUUGUUAAGUAUAACAUCCACUUCUCUGGAAUAUCAAGGAGUUUCUUCAAGAGUUCAAACAACCAUACUGAUGGGCUAGAUUUCCUGGAUUUGGUUUCUCAUGUCACUUCCUUGAGCUUUGACACUAAUGGUCUGCAUUGGCGGUAUAAUUUGAUGGCUAACAGAGUACUGCUUUUGUUAACUUUAGCGUCAAGGAGUAACUCAAACCUUUCUUCAAAAAUUCAAGCAGAAACAGCUGGACAUUUCCUCAGAAAUUUGAAAAGUCAGCUUCCUCAGUCAAGAAUGCUCGCAAUAUCAGCAUUAAACACCUUAUUGCGUGGGGCACCUCAUAAAUUUUCUAGUCAAGACCAGCAACAUUUAUCUAAGCAUCUCAAGGAAAAGACUGACUCGUCGGUCGAAGGAAUUUUAGGUCAGAUAGUAAAUGAAGAGGGAUUUUUCAAUGAUACUCUGAACAGCCUUUCUCAUAUCCAUAUAAUUGCUGAUAGUGAGAACUCUUCUUCAAAAAUGAACCAUGGAGGUUCAUCUUUUCAGAGCCUGGCAGAUAAAGCAAUCACUUUUUUCUAUUUUGAUUUCUCGGCAUCAUGGCCACGUACUCCCAGUUGGAUAUCUUUGCUCGGAUGUGAUACUUUUUACUCUAAUUUUGCCAGGAUAUUUAAACGCCUGCUACAAGAAUGCGGUUUGUCAGUUCUGGAUGCCCUUAGAAAUGCAGUAGAAGAAUUUUCUACUGCAAAAGAAAGGUCAAAGCAAUGUGUUGCAGCUGAAACUAUGGCUGGAAUAUUUCACUCUGAUAUUAAUGGUCUCUCAGAAGCUUGGGACAGUUGGAUGAUGCUUCAUGUGCAGAAGAUUAUGCUAUCAUCAUCGGUGGAUUCCAUCCCUGAUUGGGCAGCUUGUAUACGAUAUGCAGUUACAGGAAAAGGAAAGUAUGGCACAGGAAUUCCUCUUCUGAGGCAAAGAAUUUUGGACUGCUUAGCGAAACCUUUACCGAAUACAGUGGCAAGCAAUAUUGUGGCCAAGAGGUAUGCUUUGCUAUCAGCUGCACUCAUUGAAAUCUCUCCACCCUCCAUGCCUAUUGCAGAGGUGGAAUACCAUAAUAAGCUUCUGGAGGAGUUGCUGGACAACCUGAGCCACUCAUCUGCCCAAGUGAGGGAAGCAAUAGGUGUUACCCUUUCUGUAUUAUGUUCAAAUAUACGGCUCUUUUCAAUGUCUUGUCAUUCUCACACACAAGUGGAAAGUGCUAAGAUAAUAAUAAAAGCAGCUUCCAUUUCUGCAGUGAAUAUCCAAAAUGCAAAUCAAAUUGAAAUUAUGGAGACAACUACAGAUAUAACUCAUGACAGUGACAGUACAAACAACGAGUCGCAAAUAGAUGUUAAAAGAAUGGAAACGAUUUUUCAUUUGAUUAUCUCUUCAUUGAAAUCUGGAAGAUCGUCAUUUUUGAUGGAUUUAGUUGUUGAACUUCUUUGGCCAGUUAUUUCCUUACAGGAGACAUCUAAUAAGGAUUUGUCGACACUUGCAAAAUCAGCCUUUGAGCUCCUAAAGUGGAGGAUUUUACCACCAGAAAUUCUAGAACGAGCUGUCCCUGUGAUUCUUACUUCAAUUAAUGAUCCAAACUGGAGAACCAGAUCUGCAUCUCUUUCUUAUCUUCGGACUUUUAUGUAUAGGCAUACAUUUGUACUCCCAGAAGUGGAGAAAGGACAAAUCUGGAAUAGUAUUGAGAAGCUACUUGUUGAUAGCCAAGUUGAGGUGAGGGAGCAUGCUGCUGGAGUUCUUGCGAGCUUACUGAAGGGUGGUGACGAGGAACUGUCUAGGGACUUUCGUGAUCGAGCAUAUUCUGAAGCACAAUCAACUCUAAAGAAACGGAAGCAAAGAAAAUCGAGGUCUGAAUCUAUAGCUUCUGUACAUGGUGCUGUUCUUGCUUUGGCUGCUUCUGUACUAUCAGUUCCAUAUGACAUGCCAAGCUGGCUUCCAGAUCAUGUAACCUUGCUUGCCCGGUUCAUCAGCGAGCCAUCCCCUGUGAGAUCUACGGUCACAAAAGCAGUUGCAGAAUUCCGGCGAACUCAUGCAGAUACCUGGAAUAUCCAAAAAGAUUCAUUCUCUGAAGACCAAUUAGAGGUCCUGGCCGAUACAUCUUCAUCUUCUUCAUACUUUGCUUAAAUUACAUAGAUCAGAUUAUUGUACCAUCGUAGAAAUAAUUGUUGUGAGAAAAAAAAAAGAGUUCUAUAUAUUUGUUGUACCAAUAGUUUACAGAAAUAAGCUUCUCAAUUUGCUUUCA